UUGGAAUAUUUGAAAAAUUUUGAUGAACAGGUUCAUAAAUCAAAACAAGAAACUUUGGCAGAGGAAGAAGAUAUUGACGAAUUUGAAGAAUAUUUUAAAAAUGGAAAAGAACCAAAGGUUCUCAUUACGACUCAAUAUAAUGCCAUGUUGGAUAAGGCCAAGAACGCCUCAAAGUUCACAAUGACAUUUAUUAAGGAGUUAUUGAACUGUAUUCCAAAUAGUUUUUACAUGAAAAGAAAACACUAUUAUGUGAAGCAAGUUAUUGAAUACGCCGAAAAGAAUGAUUUUACAGAUGUGAUUGUUAUUGGAGAAAGAAACAACAAGCCUUCAUCAUGUUUACUCAUUCACUUACCAACUGGACCAUGUGCUACAUUUAGACUUUCAUUCCCAAAACUUAAGAAGGAUUUGAGAAAUAUUGCCAAAGUGGAUAGAAACUAUUGUCAAAAGUUUUAUCCAGAAUUGAUUUUAAAUAACUUUACCACAAGAUUGGGUUAUAGAGUUGCUAGAAUGUUCCAAGCAAUUUUCCCACAAAAACCUAAUUUUACUGGUAGAAGAGUUGUGACCAUGCACAAUCAACGUGACUUUAUAUUCUUCAGACACCACAUUUAUAAUUUCUAUGAUGUUGAUGAAAAGAACAAAGAUCGUGCCAAGUCUGUAACUGUAACUAAGGGUGUAAAAAUUCAAGAAGUUGGACCUCGUGUUACUUUCCGAUUACAAAGUUUACAAUUGGGUAAAUUUGAUAACUUGUUUGGUGAAUUUGAAUGGUACGGAAGAAAUGAACUUGUUGUUGAUAAGAAACAAUUU